GCCAAACAACGGAAUACGCCACUGAUUUUUGUGUCAACGCACAAGUGUGACUCAACUCUGAUCUUUGGGCUGCCAGUAGUUGUCUGGUGUGCUGCAGUGAAUAAUUUGCACUGUAAUCUGAUUGUUUCUCCAUUUCUACUAGUUUAGAGUCUCGUAUUUAACUUCUACUAAGGUUUUACUUGACGUCAUCAUGAGUUUCCUAAGUAAAGUGUUUGGGGGCAAGAAAGAAGACAAAGCCCCCUCAACAGGAGAAGCUAUCCAAAAACUUCGCGAAACAGAGGAAAUGCUCAUCAAGAAGCAAGAUUUUCUUGAAAAGAAAAUUGAACAAGAAAUCGCCACUGCUAAGAAAAAUGGACAGAAAAAUAAGAGAGCGGCACUUCAAGCACUCAAGCGGAAGAAGCGGUAUGAGAAACAGUUGCAGCAGAUUGAUGGAACAUUAUCAACUAUUGAAAUGCAGAGAGAAGCUUUAGAGGGUGCCAACACUAAUACAGCUGUUCUCACAACAAUGAAAGAUGCUGCGGACGCCCUCAAAGCUGCUCACAAACACAUGGAUGUCGAUCAAGUUCAUGAUAUGAUGGAUGACAUUGCCGAACAGCAAGAUGUAGCUAGAGAAAUUUCUGAUGCCAUAUCCAACCCAGUUGCAUUUGGUCAUGAUAUUGAUGAGGAUGAGUUGGAAAGGGAACUAGAAGAAUUAGAACAAGAAGAAUUGGAUAAGGAACUGCUUGACAUUGGACCAACAGCUGAUGAAUUGCCUGAAGCACCCAAGACAGAAUUGCCCAAGGUUCCUGCAUCAACAUCGAAAGCAAAAUCCAAAAAAGACGAGGACGAUGAAGAUAUUCUUCGGGAAAUGCAAUCUUGGGCCUCAUAAACAUCAAUUUAUUUAUUUUAAGUUGAUUCUGAAUUUUGCAAAUGUAGGUAUGUGAACCUGGUGGGUCAAAUCAUAUGCUUUCCGGUUGCACAGACAUGCUUUAUCAAUUUUCUUUGUUGGGCAAGCUUCAAUGUUUAAAGGGUGUGACAAGAAGUGUGAAAUUUUCCCCUUGGCAACUUGCUAGUUAAAUUUCCUUAUUAACAUAAAAUGGCUUAAUAUAAUUUCUUUAAUAUUUACUUGAUUAAAAUGCUAUUUUUGAUUUAAAGGAUAUUAAUUGUUUAUCUGCAAAGUUGUUCCUUAAGAAUAAUAUGUACAGUGUGUUUUGGUGAUACUUAAACGAUGAUGAGUAUUUUAUUUUAUUUAAGUGAAAUACAGCAAAUUCAUUAGCUGAAGGGCAUUACUGGUUAAAACUAUUUGCUGCGCUACUAGAUGUCAAGAGAGAUUUCCAAGGGCAAUCAUUGUUGCAUGUACAUAUUACUGAAGACAUCACCAGUUGGAACUGAGUUCUCUUAAAAUUCUGUGCUCUCUCUCACAUAACCGAUCCUUCCUAUUAUACUUCAGAACUGAGGCUUGCCUGUGAAAUUGUUAACCUUUUUUUUAAAUGUGUAUUAUUCUGGUCUGCCAUAAUCUAGGCAAAGUUUGCUGGAUAAUUUAUUUUAGCCAUUCUAUAGACAUUACUUUUACCCACUAAACAUAAGUAUGUGUUAUGUGUGUGAGAGCAUAGAUAGAUAAAUAUAUGUUGAUGACUAAGUUCUGUUAUUGAUUUACUAUCUUAUCAGGAUCAACAUUGCUACCAUUUCUGUUAAAUUCAUGGUAGUGGCAAUAUUUGUUCGAUCUUCUCCAGAGAGGGCAAAGUCUGUAUUUGCAAAAUUUGAAGAACUAAUAGUUACUCUUGCCAAUUAAUGAAAUAUUUAAGUUCUGGGCAUCUCAUGCUUUUUCUUUUUCUUUUUUUUUUGUUAAUUUGGAACUGCAGCAAAUUUUUGAGGAACAGAACAGCGCUUUUGAAUGUAGUUUGAUGAUAGUUUGUAAAGAUUUUAAUUUUAACUUGUGACUCUUAAAUGAUCCUAUUAUAUUAUUAUAGAAAUUGUAGAGGCAAUGAGAGACAAUUAUUUUUUUAAAAAGUUAUUUCAAAACUUGAGUCAUUUUGGUCCUUCUUCAGUGAAGAUAGAAAAUGACAUUGUAGUGUGAUAUUUUUCUGUCUAAGCUUGUUGAAUGGUAUAAUUUUAAAUAAUUCUUGCAGCCAUGCCCUAAUAAAGUUGCUUGUUAAUCAAGUGGUGUUCUACAUAAAUCCAUCCAACAAAGCGGUAUCAAAUUAUUGAUCCAUAGGUUGACUAGCACUCAGUAACUACAUGAGACUCAUGGUCACUCAGUCAAUAUUUAAUGAACCUGUGAUUUAGCAUUCAAAUUUUGUAUAUUAACUGUAAACUAUCAGAACGGUCUUGCUGACUAUUCACAUGUAUGAAGGCUUUCAUUAUAUUUGGCUUCAUCAUAGAGAUUGACAGCACCUGGCCUCUAUGUCUUCUAACAUAUUAUUUCUUUGUAAAUUUGUUCAUGUCUGUAUUUAUGACACUUUGUUUUCUUAUUAUGGGAUUGUUCAUUGAUGCUAGUUCACAAUUGUGUGCUGCAUUUGUGGCAUCCCUUUUAGCACUUUUUAAAAAGCCUUAUCAUUUUAAGAUUAUAAUUGGGAUUUUGGCAGUUUUUAUUCAUAGAAAAUCAAUAAAUAUACUGUUUUCACUCACUUUUUGAA